UUAUGUAAAACUUGCAUCAAAAGAAUUGUUUUAUAUUAAAGAUAAUAAUAUAUAUCUUGAUUUGACUAAAUUUAGUGCAUGUCAAAAGUUAAGUGUUUAUUAUGGAAUAAUAAAUAGAUAUUCUAAUAUUUCUAUAGAGGACCUCUUAAAAUUAUUCAACCCAGCAUUUUCGCUAAUUAAAAGCAACUUAAACUCUACUACCACCGCCAUCCUGGCAUCACAAGUUUUGAUGAACUGGUGUCAGAAAUUCAACAGUCUGUUAGACUCUGCUUACAAAUCUGACUAUCUAAAUUCUGAUAUGAUCACGAUACACGAGAUCGAGCCUAUUUUACAUAACUCAACGAAAUUCAUAAUUGAAAGAAACAAUUCCGCUACGGAUGCGAUACGUUGCAACUUUAUGACAGCUUUCGAAAACAUUUUAUACAUCAAUUCAACAUUAUCUCCAUUUUUUGAAAGAUUUAAAUCAAAAUCAUUCGUAGUGAAUUACGUUUUACCAAUGAUCUCGGAUGCCGCAAUAUCCGACCGAUCCAAUAAAUUGAGGGUUCUCUAUUUCAGGACUCUGUUAAAAGUUUACCAUGCUGAUGACGAUGUCUUAUCGAGCCUGGGCGAUUGUUUAAUCAAAUCUUGCGAAAGCUCCCCAACGGAAUUACUUGAUAUAUUUGACUCUUUACCUUGUUCUUUUCUUCAAAAACACUUGUCGCCGUUAAUCAAUCGAUCUAUCGACGCCUUUUUGAUCCCCGGGAAAAAUCAGGCGAGGUCUUACCUAAAUGCAGAAGAUAUUUAUGAUGGAGAAAUUCGCCGACUGUCUCACGAUUAUUCGCCCAAAUUGGAUUCCAUCAACGUUUUGAUUAGGUCGACCUUAAAGAAAUAUCCCUAUUCAAUUUUGAAUAGGUAUUUUAAGUUAGUAGCUAACGCGGACGAUGAAAUCACGUCCAAAUGUCGUUUAGAUCGGUUAAGAUUAAUGAACAUGAGAGAAAAAAACUUUUUAUUCGCUUCCUUGAAUCUUUUGCACGAUGUCACAUAUACUAAGGACAUGCGAAAUGACAAAAGAGUAUUAGUGGAAGUCUAUUUAAAUAAACGAAGAUAUAAUAAAACGGAAAUUUGGCCUAUAGACUUAACAAAGUUUGACUAUCUUAGUGUCCUUCCAAAAAAUUUUGUUCAGAAUGUUCUGAUAUGUCGCCAUGAGCAGAUUGUCAUAAACGCCUUGGCUUUCGUAUGCCGCGCUCAUAUCAAAACGACUUGCCCUACCAUGUUUCCGAGGGCGAGAGACUUAAUUAAAAUAGCUAUAACUUUCUUGAUUCACGAACCAAAAAUAACGGAUUCUUCGUCUUAUCGCAAACUUGUAAACCUAUGUUUGAGCCCUUACCUACAUAAAUGUGCCGAAAUAAUAGGUAAACGGUCGUCUAAAUCCUUGACCACCGAUUGGAGGAGUGUUCAAUGCGAGCAAAUAAUUUUAUGGUUUAUUGAUUUCGCUUGCCUCAAUUUAUCGGGGGGAGGUCAACCGUUAGGAACUCAUUCCUCUAUCACAAAUGUAAAAAUGGAAGAAGCUAACGAAGACCCCAAUAUUAAUCAAUCCUACUCUCGCGAUGCCAUUUUAUUUGAUAUUUUGGCGAUCAUCUGUGAAUUCAAAGAACCCCUAGAUUUCUCUCGAUAUAUUAACGUCCACCGUCAUGUUUUUUUCGGAUUUUUGACAGGCAGUUCUUACGAAGAGUUAAAAAAGAUGGCGGUUCUUAUAUUGAGGUAUAUAUCUUCUAGUUUUGAUAGGACAUUUGACCAUGAUUCACAAUCAAGCCUAAGAAAUAUUUCUAACGAGGAUACAGAUAGUGAAAUAAAGAUUCAUGAUGUAAAUAAAUGCGAUGAAAAUGGUGAUCAUGAUGAAAACUUGGAAGAACUUAAACAUAUUCCUACCGGGACUAAUGCAUCUUAUAUAUCUUACGAUUGGAAUAAAUGGUAUACAUUAACCGAUAGUCAAUGGCCUAAAGAUACGCUCUCCUCUGUGUACUUGCUAAAAUAUUACUUGACCCUAUCCGACAAGUCUUACUAUGGCGCGUUAUGUAUGAUCCAGAGUUUUGAGAAAUUUAUAAACGAAAACUUCAAUGAUUGGGGAAGAAUGUGGUCGAGAAAUUUGGGAAUUGAUUUAAUGGAAAGAAACUUGUUCGUCAGACUAACGAUUUUUCACAAGAUUUGUUCUGUUAUCAUAACUCCCAAAGUCGCAGAGAUAAUCGGACACAAAAUCAUAAAACCUAGCGUUUACGGAUUAUUUCAAAAUAUACGUUAUUUAUUGAUGGAACUGCCUCACGCUUAUAUUGAAAUUUUUAACAAUAGCGUUUUCAAGAAAAAUGCCGUAGAAUUUUACGCUCACAUGGUCAGCACAUUUAUUUCUUUCGCUCAAUUCGUAUUCCCUUUCGUGAAGGACCCUGCACCCGAAGGGUACAUAUCCACAAAUCAGGAUUUUAUAGGUCUCAACGAAAUAUGCAUCGCCGAUUUAUCUUUAAACGAUCUGAACAAUGAGGCCAAUACCGUAAUUAAGCCAGAAGCCUUUGCUAUGUAUUGCUGGAGGAGUUUAAGAGAGACCUCUCUAAUUUUUGGCGAGCUGGUUUCCACUUGGACGUCGGAUCCGACGUUAUAUAAAGAAAUUUUAAAGGACGAAGAUAUUCGUUUAGAGUAUCAAAAUUUGCUCUUAGGAAUACAUGACUACUAUAAAACUUUAUUAUUGGAGAGCCUCCAUAUGGGAUCCAUAGAAUUCGCCUAUACUGGAUUCAACAUCGUUUGUGACGCCAUAUUUAAAUUCGAUUCUAACAAAUGCGUUAGCCUAGAUAGGAAAAAAUGCAAUAAGUUAGUAUCUAGCACUACACAUCCGAUAGCUAUUUUUAGAAACGAGAAAAAAGUAACGUUGGAUUUAUGUCAAAUAUGGUUAAGUAAACUUAUGAUUUCGUUAGACAUCUAUCCUACUACAAACUUCAAUCCUUCAAACAUAGAUAAAAAUACUGUUCCCAUAUGUCUUACAAGACGAGGAGCUGGCUUACCUUUUUACCUACUUGCCCUGUUAUCUCACCACAAAGAGAAUUACAUAGAUACAGACAACUUUUGUGAUGACUUGAAAAAAUUUGACACAAAUUCGGCAAUUAUAAGUGAAAUAUAUGAACAAAAUAGCGAAGAUGGAUGUAAACCCAGAGGGUCAUCAGAUAAAGAAGGUGUAAAUGGUCUUGAGUCAUGUUCUACAAAAGAUGGGUUCGAUUUUAGCCAUGGUCUUUUCUCUCUUUUGAUGAACACUUUAAUAUUAUGGGCAGACCCUAUAGCAGAUGAACUGAAAUGUAUAACUUCAGAAUUCGCAUACCACAUUACUGCUCUUGGUAAAAACAUACCAUUUCCCAAGAAGGUUCUAGCAUUAAACAUGUUAAGAGCAAUAUUCAGGGACUCCGCCGCUAUAACACCUAAGAACAUGACCAACAGGGCCGAUAAAUUACUUUAUACUUACGCACCAAUAGUUAUAAUGAAAGUUAUUUAUCCUCUUUUUUCCUCGCCUCACUGGCCUCUCAAAAAUCUGGCCAAUUUAUGCUUUGUUCCUAUCGGUAAACGCAUUUUUGGAAAUCAUUUUGGAAGCGCUCGGGCUAUUAAAACCGAUUUGAACGAUAAAAAGAAGUAUUACCGAAAUAUGGAUUACAGGGAAUUUUGGCUCAGAUACAAGUCACUGGCCCAGUUUAUUAUUGUUAAAUUUAGCAACUUGGUGAAAUAUCUAGUCAUUCACAAUCAAAACGGCCAUAUGCCCCUCACCCGAAAAUCUCCGUCCUUUUCCAGCACCUAUCCUUUACUCGUGAUCUUAUUGCACCUCAGCUGUCCAUCCUCAAAUCCUCCACAAGAUGGCAUAAGCUAUGAAACCCCGCAAAAUUAUUUCAACAAUUUCUUUCCAUUAGCGGAAUACGCACCUAAUCUAGUUUAUGAUCUGAUUACUUUCUGCCUUUUAUGUAACGAUACACGUCUCUCCCGCUUGACCCAACGCUUGAUUAUGAAUCACCUGAAGCUGGAUAAUAGUCAGAAAUAUAAAAAACAAGAAUCUGUAGUGAAAGCAUUUGUAGCCUCUCUACUCCAAAUUUACACUGCGCACUCCACUCAGAAAUCCAUUAAAACUAUGUCCACUUUAGAACUCUUAGUAUCUUUCCUGAAGUUCGUUAAUCCUGAUGCUAAUGGCGCUAUCAUUCCUCAACUAUUAACAGAAUUGUAUACGGCUUUGGCAAGCGAUGUUUCAAAUAAUUCCCCAAGGAAUAAAAAUAAUUACUUAAAUACAAUGGAUGCUCUACUAUUUAAUUUGAAAUUCGAAAUGCAUCGAAUCUUUUCACAAUUUUCACACCCUUUCGACGAUUCGUGGCUUAAAAUUCCACAAGCCAGACCCGCAUUUUUCGCUUACAUUUCUCAGCCAUGUCGUUUAUUCUUUAUAAAAAGUUUUCCGUUCGAUCCCACCAAAUUUAUUUCACAUGACAUUUCUUGCGAAUACCAUUCCUUCAUUUUUAUGGGUGCCAUCGAUUUCUGCAUAGACGAAAUCUGUCGAAGGUUCCCACAGUACAAACCCCUGUUACCCUAUUUACCGGAAUUCAAAGAUAUAUGCAAACCAGAUUUUACUCACACCUCGGUGUUGACCAGUUUUUCCGAGGUAGCCCUGUAUAACGAGAUUGAUAAAGUUGGAAAGAUUUAUGAUCUUGAAAGUAUACAUCCUAUCAUUACCGAAGCAUUUAAUUUCAUUAAUAAUACGUUAAUUGGGUCGUCGAUCAUGGAACCUGGCAACAAUCACUACGGCGAAAUUUGUCUUUCUAUGGCGUCACUCCUUUUAUUUGUCAUUCCAUCGAUUAACUUAUAUGGAUUGUUAAAUUGUAAUGACCUUCUACAAGUUACGGAACGCAUUGUUUUAAUUAUGAGCGAAACGCGCCUCAAUAAUUUUCUCGCAAGUCCUAUGUCAAAUAAAAUAAUUAUAAUUGAAGGUGAUAUUUCGGAAACAGAUAUUGAUAAUAGUGAGGAUAAUUUUAAUCAUCUUAUUGACAAUAUAGAUAUAGAUUCGCCCAUAAAUGCACUCCACAUAGAACUUGAUAAUGUUCAUGAAGGUCCUAGUUUUCCUAAUCUCAGUAUUCCUGCCUUGUUAAUGGCAGGUAAAAUUAGUAAUAGAAAAAUAGGGAGACCAUCAAAUGAAAAUCCUAAAAUACAAAAAGGAUCUAAGUUAUCUCAGAUAAUAACUGACGUUAGAUAUGAUAAUUUAGAGCAUUGGCCAGAAGUUUCUAAGACUCAAAGGUGUAAAUUAUGUGUUAUCGCAAAGGACUAUGUGUAA